GUGAAGUCAAGGAGCUGCAGUGUUUUUUAAACAUUUUAUAUUUGAGGAGUUUUAAUCAAACUUGAAGUGAUCAAACUGCAGAGAGAUGGAGAAAAGAGAGGAAGAGGAGGAGAGGAAGACUGCAGCUCAGCGAGAGGAGGAAGAGGAGGAAGAAGAAGCUGCAGCAACAGAGAAAGGAGAUGAUGAUGAAGAUGAAGAGGGAGAAGAUAACGAUGAUGAAGACGGAGAUGAUGAUGAGAGAGAUGAUGAUGAUGAUGAUGAUGAAGAAGAGGAUGAUGAUGAUGAUGCUAUGGAAAAGAAGAAGAGUAAGCAGAAAGUCAGUUUGGCGACUUCCUCUGCAGACAGGAAGUGUGUCCCAGGAAUAAUCUACUUGGGUCACAUUCCUCCGAGGCUCCGUCCCAAACACAUGAGGAACAUGCUGUCGGUGUACGGAGAGAUCGGACGCAUCUUCUUACAACCUGAAGAUCGGCUGGUGAGGAACAGGAAGAAGAAGUCUGGUUUGAGGAGGUGUGACUUCACGGAGGGCUGGGUGGAGUUCAGAGAUAAACGCGUGGCGAAGCGAGUGGCUGCGUCUCUUCACAACACUCCCAUGGCGACCAGGAAACGCCAGCAGUUCGCCUCUGACCUCUGGUCCAUCAAGUACCUGCACAGGUUCCAGUGGACUCACCUGAGCGAGCGUCUGGCCUACGAGCAGAUGGUCCUGCAGCAGAGACUGAGGACUGAAGUGUCUCAGGCCAAGAGAGAAACCAACUUCUACCUGAGCAACGUGGACAAGAGCGCUCACAUGGACAAACUGAAGAGGAAGAGACAGAAAGACGGACAGAAGGUGGACGAGAAGACGUGGGACUUCACGCAGCGACAGACGGAGGAGGAGAUCCAGAACAAGAAGAGGAAGAAGACGGACUCCGUUUCCCAGAAGCACCUGGACAAGGCCCGCCUCAUACAGCAGAAGAGCCAAUCGAACGUCUCUCUGCUGGCCAAGAUUUUCAACUCCAGUCAGUCACAGUGACAAAAGCUGAUUUGUUGUUUCCAUGGAAACAGGAGGGAGACUGUGAUGAAUGGACACGAAUCACAGG